CUCCAUCACUGAGCUAAUGUGACCCCAGCACUGAUGGAGAGGGGCAGGGGAGGAAAAAACUAGGAUGCUCAGAAUAGCAUUGGGGCCGGGGCGGACUGACAACUCAUGGGGCCCCCGGGCAAUAGGGGAUCAUGGGGCCCCUGAGUCCUUGCCCAAACUCAAAAAAGCCUAUGAAAAAGGUACCAGGGGCAUCUCAUGGGGCCCCCUACUGACCCCAGGCCCUCAGGCAGUGCCCGAGUUUCCAAAUGAUCAGUCCACCCCUGCAUUG